CAAAGAUGAUAACAAGAGCAAUUGUUUCAUAUCUACAAGCAAGAGUUGCCCCUCCACCACCACCGACGUUGAAUGAGGUUCGAGUUUGGGACAUCGAUGUGCCAACAAUGGAGAGGUUCCUCGAAGAAUUGGCGAAGGAGAAACCAGUUAGAUAUACAGCCGAACAGCUAUGUAGUUUCACAAGUAAUUACGCUACAAAGUUGGGUUCUGGAGGUUUUGGGACAGUUUACAAGGGUCAAUUUCCAAAUGGAGUUAAGAUCGCGGUCAAGGUCAUCAAUAGGAGCUCGGAUAGAGCAGCUGAGCAACAGUUCAUGGCAGAGGUGAGUACUAUUGGAAGAACAUAUCAUAUAAAUCUAGUCCGACUAUACGGUUUUUGCUACGAUCACAUAAUGAGCGCAUUAGUGUACGAGUACAUGGAAAAUGGAUCACUAGAUAAAUACCUUUUCAGCGAUACACAAGUGAUUGAAUGGGAGAAGUUGCAUGAAAUCGCAAUUGGGACAGCAAAAGGUAUCGCUUACUUGCACGAAGAGUGUCAACAGAGGAUCAUUCACUACGACAUAAAGCCCGGUAAUGUUCUAUUAGAUGCCAAUUUUUCCCCCAAAGUUGCUGAUUUCGGGCUGGCAAAGCUUUGCAGUAGAGACAACACAAAUGUGUCUUCCGCAGGAUAUAGAGGGACUCCUGGUUACUUAGCCCCAGAGUUAUUUCUUCUCAAGAACUAUCCCAGUACACACAAAUGUGAUGUUUACAGUUUUGGUAUGCUUUUGUUUGAGAUAGUAGGGAGGAAGAGGAAUACCAUCAUAGCUGGGACUGAUAGCAUUGAUUUUUUUCCAGAACAUGUAUGGGAUGAGUUUGAGAAAGGCGAGUUGGGAGCAAUGACAUUGUCAUGUGGAAUCGAAGAGAAUAACAGAGAAAAAGCAGAGAAAAUGGCAAUGGUGGCUUUGUGGUGUGUUCAAGACUCUCCCAAAGAAAGGCCGCUGAUGAGUGUUGUAGUGAAAAUGUUGGAGGGAGAAGUGGAGGUGAAGGCACCUCCUAAACCAUUCCGUUAUAUGUAUGCAAGCAGUGAAGGAAGUAAUACACAUUGGUACGAGGACACCACUCCCAUCAUGGCUAGGUACGAGAUAUCUCCGAUGUUCUUUAUCAGAAACGAAAGCACCUUUGACGUCAUUUUCACAGGUGAUAAGCCCGUUCAGUCUCUCUUUCUCAUAUUCCCUUUCCUCUCGCUCUACAGCUAAUCUUCUCUAACUCUCAUUUUCUGUUCCAUGGCUUUAAGUCGUUGAUUAAAUUAUUUAAUGAUUUUCAUCACAUUUUGUUUUUUUUUUUUUUGUAUUAUGAGAGAUCUCGAUUGGUGAUUCUAAGAUUUUUAGUGAUUUGCUUAGUCAUUUUGUGAUAAUUGUUAUGAAACCUUGUUACUUGAUUACAAUAUUUGUGGUUUAUAAAAAAUUUGUAUAUUUUUGCUACAUCAA